AUGCCUCCUUCCAGUACUAUGCCAGAGUCGUCCCGUUCGUUUGAUGGGGAAACGCUGUGCUCGCAAUACACUGAUCGUUCCGCAAGAGCUUCGAUUGGCAUGAGCUCCAGGGCCACGUCUUCUCAUAGCGAUGAUAGUGGACUCAGUAUCUCAGGCCUGCUGGCUUACGACGUCGAACGACCUGGUCGAAGCGAAGCCUCGGGGGACCAGCCAAGCACGAUCGGCGCAUCAGGGUCAGACAGGUCAGGCAGAACCAGCGAACCUCCGCAUACAUCUGAUUUCGAGAUGGUGCGAUACGACCCGCUGUCCAAAGUCACUAAAGUAGGAAAGCCGGUUAACGAAGAGGUCUUCGUGGUCGGUUACAUCGAGGGGAUAGUAUAUCGAAGCAGAGUUGAUCGGACGAAGACUCUGGUACUGAAGAUCGUCUCAGUGCCUAAUCCUACUUACGAAGAAAUCCUUAGACGAUUCCAUAUCGUCUUAUCCGGGACGUUGCCUAUCUGGACUACGCCUACGGUUGAGAGCGCGACGUUCUUAGAAAGUUGGGAGGAGAAUGCCGAGGAAGAGAUGAGGAAACGGUUGCAAGUGAGACUGCUCGGCUUCAGCGAUAAAGGCAGCAAGGUUCAUACGCUGGCGGCACAAGCGUCCAUGUGGAUGAACGAGGGACGUGAGCUCUGGACUGAGAUUGACCGACCAGAGGCAGCCGUAUUGCCAAGGUUCAGUACCGAUCGCUGGGGAGACUCGCUGGAACAGGUCGAUAAGCUCUACUCUUGAUUCUCA